AUGCCGAGUUUAUACGGGGUUUUAUCAAUACUCGCGGUGGCUUACGCAAUAUUACUAUACAUUGUCAACAGGAUUCCACAUGUGUCAAUCAAAUACGUUGGGUUUCUUUCAUUGAGAGGGGUGACGAUAAAGAUUAGAACAACGACAGUUUAUGUUGGAAAAAUUGCACUCCAAAUAAACGCAUUUGGACCAAGAGAUGAAUCGUUAAAAUGGGUUUCAAUUUUGAUAUGUGACGUCAACGUCACUUGCUUAAAGGAUGAACAAAAUCAAACGCAACCGGAAGCAACCAAAGAUCAUGCAAAACCACCACUACAUGAUAGAUCGAUCAAAAGUAGGCUUCAAUUUUAUGUGCCGAAUGUUAUCUUCAAUUACUUUUUGCGGACAGAACUCCUUAAUAAGAUCAAUUUCCAUAUCAUUAGAGCAUCCAUUUACCACCAAAGCACACAUGAACAUUUUUGUGCGUCCUUGGAGCUAUUGAGAUUAGAGGCAAAACUUUCCAAAUGCCACAACCUCAGAGUUACCGCUUCAUUAUUCAACGGGUUGAUAUUUGAAAAUGAAAACAGGGAGAAUAAACUUGAUUUGUUCCGCAAUGUCGAAUUUUUCGUCAAUUGUAUGGUUAUUACUGCCUGUGAUGCCAACCACACAAAUAGGAUCAGAAUCAAUUUGGAGGAGUUUAGAACAUCGUUGUCAAUAGGAAGAUUGAACAUUCCGAUGGAGUAUAUUCGGUCGAAACAGAUGCAAUCAAAUCCCAAAGCAAAUCCGCAACCAACACGAACGGAAGAACAGCCUGCAAAACAAGUUACAAAUGUGAUGAAAUACAGGCCAUUCCUAAAAGAAUUGUUAUCGCUAUAUUCCUUAACAGAAAUACGGCUUGAGGACUUUACCCUAUCUUACGAGACUGUCUCGAUCAAUGUGUCAAAUUUUGUCUUUUCCCUCGAAAAAAUUGUCAAGUCCGCGACUUCUUCAACGUUGAAACUACAAGUUUAUGUCACAUCGUUUAAGUUUUAUCAUUUGGAUACAAAAUGUGUAGAGUUGCCAUCUGGUACCAUCACUUAUGAGGUUUGCCCCAUGGAGAUGCUUCGAGUUUCGCAAGUAUUGCUUAAUCACGACGAAAACUCAAAGGAGUGGAUAAAUUUUGAUUUCGCCAUAAUGUUGACGAAUCCGAUCUUUGAUGUCUAUUACGACCAGGAAGAUAUUCUAUUUGGUUUGCUUAGGGAUAAAAUGAUGCGCAAACGUAUGAAUAAAAUGAGAACUGCUGCAGGAGUACAUCGCAAGGAGGAGGCGAUGAAGAAGCUAAAUAUUGCUUCUAAAUUGUUGCGAACCGUAUCGGCAAAAAUCGUGAUUGUCGACACUGUGCUCAACAUGCACUUACCACGAAUUGGUCUGACAAGAGAAGACGUUUUCAAUCGUCAUUCUAACUCAAACACAGAGGUGUCUUUUUCUGUUAAUGAUCUAACUCAUCGAAUUUUCACAAGAACCCGAACAAAGAGAUUGAAAGACGGCGACCAGGCGGUAAAGCGUACCAUCAACUCCUUUCUUAAAAUCAAAAACCUCAAAGGUCAAGCAGAAGGGAACUUGGCUCAAUUUACCAAGGUCAACUUGCUCCUUGCGUAUGAUCUUGACCGCUUUAAACUUGCAGUGAGGUUGUCGAGUAAAUCAAUAACUUUUAGGUCAGUCAAUGACGUCUUUUUUUAUUUGGUUAGACAGUUUAGAAACCGUCAACGAAUCUACUUCAAUAAGAAAUUCGAUGAAUGGAGGAAAUCCAUUGCACUGAAUUCUUCACCCGAUCAACCAAACAAGGCAGAACGGUUGUCAUUUGGUGACUUGAAUAACCCAAUUGGCAAAAAUGAAGAACCAGAGUUUAUUAAAAUUUUUGAGAUGUUGCCGCCGUAUGUCUCGUCUGUGAGACUUGAUUUAUCGUCGUUGGCCUUCGACAUCAAGAGCAAGGAGGAAUUACCAAGUCUAAAGAUAUUUGAUUACAGAGUCGGAAAAGAAAUUGAUUUAAAGGAUUAUAGACGAGGGAUAUCCCUCAAGAUGAACGAUAUUUCAGCGAUCUAUAAGCAUACACAAGAGCAUUUUCAACUAUUGGUCGAUUCAGUGCAAGCUGCUACUCUCAGCGAGUAUGCACAAGAAUACAUGCUUGCUAAAAACAACACCACAACCAUGCCAAUGAGUGAUUCCGAGUUUGAGGAUGACGUUUCAACUAUUAACUCUAUGGAUUCUGCUCCAACAGAUCCAGAUGCGCAAAAUUUGGAUGGGCUAGGUGAUGCCGAUGCUUAUGGCGUCAAGAAUGUUCUUACAGUAAAAAACAUCAGUGUUGCUAAUGAUACGUCUAAAUCUGACGACAGAGAUCCUAAUAAACUAAUAUUGACAAUGCCGGAAAUUGAUGGGCACGUGGAUACGUUUUUCCUCUGGUGCAUUUUCUACGCAAAGACAUUGAUCCAAAGAUUUGCGCCCACCGUCGAAUCUAAUUGCACAAAGGAGCAAAUGAAGCAGAUUACUGGCCCCAAGAAGAAAGUCAAGCUAGAUGUUAUGUUGGAAUCAGUUGCAAUUUCUAUAAGACUACCGCACGAUGUCGACAUUCUAAUUGAAUUUGACCGUUCAAGACUUCAAAAUGUGUUUGUUUUGAAAAAUGCUGAUGUGAAAAACAUUCGAAUGUAUGUGACACAUCCAAGCACAAAAUUAUGGGCAAGAAUAGUUGUGAUUAAAGAGCCCAGUUUCAGUAUUGACGUGUCAAAAACAUUACACGAGGCAGCUUUUGAAUUGCAGACAAAGUCUAUCUUAUUCAACGUCCCUAACCGAUUUGCCAUUUAUACAGUUAUUGACAAUUCGAUUUCCUUUGCCAAGGCAAUAAAGCAAUUGCUGCAUAACUUCAAGUACUUCAAUUAUGGAGUUGACAAGUUUGAGCGUGUUUACCCAGCAGGCAAGGACGCGUUGGCAUUUCCCCAUAUUAGGGUCAAGACAUCGGUAUUAGGCCUUACACUCGAGAACGAUCCAUUUGAGAAUGAGUUGGCAAUGAUAUUUGAGUUGGGUUUAAUUGAACAACGAGUUAGGUGGAGAAAGAUGGAAGCAUUUGAGGCAAAGAGUCAGGAAAUUAGAGCCAAUGCACAGCCCGACAUUGAAGACCAAAUCGAGUUGACAGAUGUAUCACGUCCAACGCUUGGUAGCAGUCGAAAGGCACUGUUUAGGAAAAGUAACAACUCCCUUAAACAAAAAGUACAGAGUCCAUUACGGAAUGAAGCGACAUACCGCGAUCAAGCUUCAUCAAACGAGUCUACGACCAGUAAUGCGACCCCAAGAAAUAAGUUUAGAGACACUUUUACAAAGAUAAGACGUAAUCACCAUGAGCGCAAGUCCCCUGAAGAUACCCAAUCUGAUGCAAAUGGCGAAGAUGAGAAUAAACCAAAAUUGACCAAAGCUCAGGCCGAAGAGGAAAUCAGUCAGGCAAGAGAGAGAUUAAAUCACAAUUUUUCCUUAUCAUGGAUGAGAAAAUUUAGAUCUUUUAAGGAUGUUCGUAAUAGGCUUUGGAAAGAAAGGAGGGAAGAGAUUUGGGGCAAGGAUGUACCAACUGAGGUAAUGAAAAGCAAGUUUGACAUUGUGGAGUACGCAGAUGGGCCUACUUUGGCAAGUGCAUUGUUUCUCGAUGUCGACUUGACGCUUGAUAAAUUCAAAGGCGGAGACAUUGAUGAAUUCUUGUACAAUUAUGCAAAGAAGCAACCGAAACAAGUGUAUUCCAUAUUAGUCCCAUUGUACCUUGAAUUGACUGCCAGAAAUUUCCACAUGUUUUUGAAGGACUUCCCAUUGCCGUUGGCUUCGUUUCCAACAAAUAGUAACCCGCAGGUUCCAACCGUUCAUAUCAAAACAAACCUAGUUGUAAAUGAGCACUUGUAUCACAGAAAGGAAGAACUUCGUUAUAUAUACGUUCCAUUUUCGUUGGCAGUAUUUGACAAUGGAGUAUCAGACAAUUUUUACUCCGUCUAUAUUCCCAGAACAUUGACCACCGUCAAAGUUGCUGCCGAUUUCCAAUGUGAUUUAAAUACCGAUCGUGCUUGUAUUGUGGGAUGGUCUAAAUCUUACCAACCAGCAUUGAGCACCAUGGGCCAAGCAUUUGAAAACUUUUCAAAGCCAGCGAUUGAUGACAGUCCAAUUGGAGUGUGGGAUAAAAUCCCACUUAUCAUGCACGGGAAGUACAAGUUCAACAUUGCAAAUGAACUCUGCUUGCAUAUGAAGAGUGGCAGAUCACCUUAUAAGUUAGUGGGACUAGACGCGGGAUUUGUUUUUAAUUGGAAAAACAAUGUGGAUCUUACCAUUGAUGGUACUAUUGAUCCUAGGAGGUUGGUUGUCAUUACAAGUGAUGACUUCAUCUUUGCAGUUCCAAACUACUCGGUGAAGGAAAAGCAUACUUGGAGUUUAUACUAUGAUGGCCGUGGGGACUUUGCCCCUAGCAGUGAUCCCGAAGGAAAGAAGUACCACAAAAGAGUUAUUCGUCUUAGUACCAAUGACCGGGUUGAGUGGUGUUUAGGAAUGAUGUUUGAGAGGAACAAGCACUUUUCCAACCGUCUUUCGGACCAAGAAGAGAGAACGUCAGAAUUCUUACCUCAUUAUGAAGUUCAAAUCACAAACCCAGCCAAUGAGUAUCAUCCAGAUUCAUACGAUGGCUAUAGAUCUGAUUAUGUGCACAUGGCACUUUCUGUUAUUUCCAAAUCACAUGAUGGCCACGCAUUCAAUGCUGCGUUUUUGACACCCUUGGCUUUCCACCAUUUCUUUUAUUGGUGGGAUACUGUUGCACACUAUUCGCCUACUCCGGUGAGACUGGGGAAAUUGUUUAGCAAUGGAGAAAAGAAGCCAAAAAUAAAGUUGAGCCCUCAUUUGUUUACUGUAAAGUAUCAAAUGGUAUUCAAUCCAGUGACAAUAUCACAUUUAUACAUUCAUUCGAGUAAUGAAUUGCACGGAAAAAAGAAUAGAGUCGCUUUUACAGGUUUAAAGGGUAAAUUCGAUGUUUGUGAAAUAGAUUUACACCAGAGGAAGGAGUUAUUGACCUAUGUGAAUCCAAAGCUAAACAAACGUACACAGAUUAAACACUUGAAGAUGAACCAGGCCGAAAUUAACGUCGAAAGAGUUGAUUUAAGGGUUAUGAAUGCAUUGUCCCCUGAUCAGUCAGUAAGUGGGCGAUUAAUGUCGUACUUGACUGGGGAUAGUGCUUCGGAUAGUCUGAGCAAUCAUCAUCAUGGCCCUGUACAUGCUUCGAGGUUUUCCAAGUGGAUUGAAAGCGUGGAAGUACCCGAUGGAGACUUAUCGUGGGUAGACCCGGAGGACUUUAUUGAAUUGGAGAUGAAUGAGCCCUUGUCGCCGUACCCAAAGAUAAGAGUAUUGCCAUUCUUUGCUACCCCAAAGCUUAGUUAUUUCAGGGAAUUUACUUUGCGUCAGGAUGGGCCACAUCCUUUUGGCAAUGAGAAAAUACACAAUUGUAUAAUGGAUACGGAAAAACCCAGUGGUGUACAAUCACGAAUCUUGUCGGAACGUAUUGGGGCUCUCAAAAACGAGCUAGCAAAAAAGCAACAGGAGUAUAGUCAUAUGAAAUCACAGUUUCAACCGCAAGACGAGCAAAAGAUACGGGAUGCGGAGACAGAUAUUCAAUUAUUGCAGGAUAAGAUUGAUGUCGUUAACGAAGCUCAUGAAAAUUUCACCAAGGAGGAUUUGAAAAUGACCAACACAUUUGAUGAUCCUGAAACCCUCACAACAUUGCUGAGACAGCAAUCGGGGUUGUCUGCUUACUCAAGCCACAGGGAUAAAGCAGACCUCCUUGAAGCGGCAAAUUUUGUAUCGAUUGCUGAAUACCAUAAUAGGUUUAUCUUGCAUAAUUUGAACUUGAAAUGGGAUGAUGACAUCAGAGCUUAUUUUGUGAAUUAUUUAGAGAGGAUUGGCGAUCGAAAAGAUCAUGUUUACUACAUGACUCGGAUGGCAGUAAAUCUUGUUCAGAAUGUCAUAAGCGAAACUGAAAAGGUUGAAACAGAAGAGGACAUAAAUUUCACCGAUAGAACUUUCACCAAUUUUAGAGAUGGAAUUGAGGCUGUGGAAGGAUUUGCAGAGGAGUUGGAUGUGCUACAAAAUCCCGAAGAAGAGGAGGCAGAGUACAAGUACUUGAUCAAGUUGAUCCACCCACAGAUCCAGAUGAUUAGUAAGAAAGCACCCGACACCUGUGUACUCCUCACUUCAAGAGACUUGGAUAUCAAGAUUGUCGACAUCAACCAAAAAGAUUUGGUGAAUGUGUUGACAGAUAGUUCAGAAAUGACAGCCAAAGUUGAAUCAAGAGUUGGGGUAAUGUUUAGAGAAGAGCAGGUGUUUGUGGUGUCUAAAGAUGAUGCUGCACUUACAAGUCCCAAAUCAAAGUUUGCAAAAGGCGGUUAUAUGACUUCAACUUCGAAUUGGCCACCAUGGUUUGAUUGCGAAAUAUGCUAUGAAGGUUCAUGGGCUGACGAGUUUCUUGUUGCUGAGAGGAAUACAGUGGCUCUUGUUUACAAGGCGCCCAAUAAUUUAUUCCUCAAUGCUAAAAACUUUGAGCGUCAUAACGAAGUUGUUGUGUUUAUUAACAAGUUUGUGGUGAAUGCUACGUCAUCUCAAUAUUCUAGCAUCUAUUACGUUGUCACUGAGUUGUUACUUUCGGGACAAAACAAAGAUAGUCUUCAGUCUAAAUUAUCGAAAGUUGUUUCCCUUACUGACUCGUCGGAUUUCAGGGGUUUGGAUGUGAAGGUGAUGAACUUGCAGGCUACAAUCAGAGAAUUCAAUGACAUUGUUUUAUCAUUUCAUCAAAAAGGUGCCGCUUUGAAUGAGUCAGAAAGGAAAUACUUGCAAAUUUUGGAAUUGGAGAUGGAGAAACUGAAGUUGGAGUUGAUUUUGAUUAUGAAGAUUUUGGGGACAAGAAACAAAUCGAAAACAAAGGAAACUGCCAAGUAUUGGCAUAUUUUAACAGACCAGGUUAUUUGGCACUUCCUCACUGAUGAUAGACAGCCAAUUAUUGACUUUGCUUGUACUGGUAUAGUGUUUUCACGUAUUGAGUCGAUUGACGGAGCUAAUCAUAAUGAUUUUGAAAUUAGAAUGUUGCAAGGGUUCAACCUUCAAGAAAAUACUCAAUUUCCAAUUCUUGUAUCACCAAUGAUUCCAAAAGGCGAGACAGUGUUUGAUGAAGCAAGUGGUCCUGUGGUGAAAAUGACGUGGGAUUUGCUGGCAUUAGUUGGCGGUAUUCCUAUCAUCAAGCACGCAAAAUUGGGCGUUAUUCCAUUGCAGUUUGAAUUGGAUUAUCCGACGGCAAAGAUGUUACAGUCAUAUUUAUUCCCGAAGGAAGAUGGUCCGGAUGACGAUGAUAGCUACGAAUCAGAUGACUCAGGAUCGUAUUCGGAGUCUGAAGAUGGAACUUAUGAGGAAUCGAUGUCGGAAAGGUCUUCUAUAAUGACUAACGAAACGUCGAGCUCGAAAAGCCCGUGGAAAAAGCUUUUGUCAAGGGGUAGGCCAUUGAUUUCAAAGGGUAUUAAUGAGAAAAUUAAUGGUUCUCAUUCAGAUGGAACUUAUAGCCUGGCAAGCUCCAUCCAAGACUCAUAUGAAUCACAGUUGCUUAGUUCUCAUGGAAGCUCCUCUAUGCAAAGCAGGGCAAAUAAAAGGGCCACAAAGCUGCUUACAGCGAAAAGCAGAGGUGCUGGUUCCAAUAACAAUAUUUUGGAUGACGAAAUUGAGACUUUGAUUGCACGUUCUUUAAAGUAUAAAUCAAUUAUAGAUAUUGAGAUUUCCAAUUUUGAAUUAAUGGUUAGCUUUCUGGGUCCAAAAAGCUUGCACUUGUUGAAUGUUAACCAGUUGGUUUUGUCAGUACCAACUUUAAAGUAUCAGUAUAAGAUCUGGUCGGGAGAGGAUUUCACAAAUAGGCUAAAGAAGGACAUUAUAAAGGUUAUAUUGCAGCAUACCGGUAAGAUAUUGGGUAACAAGCUUCUGUAUAAGAAGAAGACAAGAACUACGAGACGUUUGAAACAGAUAUCGAAUUACGCAGGAUUUAUGACGUUGGAAGAUUUGCAGACCCAGAAUGAUAGUUUCAGCUCUGCAGCUGGAGGCGGUGUAGGAGGAGGUGGUGGUGACAAAAUACAUAUUACGCCACAAGUUUCAAAAACCCGCCAUGAUCACCAUCCUCGCAGUGCCCAACACAUUGUUAAACACGGAACUGCCAAUGAUGAAACCUUCAAGUCGUACUUGGGUCGGGACAAUGAUUCAGACAGUUUUACUAAUCCCAAGGAUGAUAAGGUGGACGGCGAUGUAGAUGCACCUUGA